GGUGGACUCGCAGCAGAAGCGGUACGUGCCGGUGAAGGGCGACCACGUCAUAGGGAUCGUGACGGUCAAAGCGGGGGACGUGUUCAGACUGGACGUGGGCGGCAGCGAGCCGGCGUCCCUGUCCUACCUGGCCUUCGAAGGCGCCACGAAGAGGAACAGGCCGAACGUGCAGGUGGGAGAUCUUAUUUACGGUCAGUUUGUUGUAGCAAAUAAAGACAUGGAGCCAGAGAUGGUUUGUAUAGACAGCAGUGGAAAAUCAAGUGGAAUGGGAAUAAUUGGACAAGACGGCUUCCUCUUUAAAGUCUCCUUAGGUCUAAUAAGAAAGCUUUUGGCUCCCAAAUGUGAAAUAAUUCAAGAGUUGUCACAGUUGUACCCAUUUGAGCUGGUGCUGGGAAUGAAUGGAAGAAUAUGGGUAAAAGCAAAAACAGUUCAACAGACUUUAAUUAUAGUAAAUAUUUUGGAAGCCUGUGAGUAUAUGACUGCGGAACAGAGAAAACAAGCGCUUGCCAAACUGUCAGGGAACUGAUAAGAGAAAACCUUGGGGAUUUGUUUGUGAUUGCUGUAGGAUGUUUUGGUUAUUUUUGUAUUCAGAUUUAUAUUAAAAGCCUUUUUUUAAGUAAAGUACUAGACUUUGGUUGUUCUUCUUUCUCUUCUUUAUCAAUUCAACUUGUGUUAAGGAGUUUGUUUCAACUUAUCUUUAUAGUUAUGAAGCCCUGCUUAUGUUCAUGAAUUUUCUGACUAAUGGGAAGAUGGUCUCUACAAGCUUUCAUUAGCUCUGAAUUCUGAAGCCUAACAACUUAGGUCUUCUUUAAAAAACUGUUCAUUUUUUUUGAGCUGCAUGUAUUUGUUUUAAUAGUUACUAAAAUUUCAAACAAUCCAUGUUUACUUGGGGUAUCAAAAAGUAUCCCAUGAGUCAUUAAUUUUGGUUGGGCGCUCUAUUUAUACAGUGACAUGAAGUAAUGAUUAAUAUAUUAUGAAAUUUGGGAAUAGAAAUGCAGGUAGAGAAUACCAGAAAAUAAUUGCAGGGUGUAGCAUAAAAGAAUCACAGGGUGCUUAAGGCAGAUGAUCAGAUAAGACCAAAAAUACGUUCAAAGGGACAUUAUCACUUUCCCUAAGAGAUGACCUGCCUAGUAGCAGUAAGGACAUAGUGAUUAGGAUGUCACAAUAGUAGCCACGUGUUUCUUGAUUCAAGACACUGAUUUGUUUAGUAAUGGCAUAAAGAUGCCAUAGAGCUUUGCUAAUAUUUAACAAAAUCAGCAUUUCUGAGAAAAAGCUAUGUUUGGCUUCUUUGUGUAUAUAUGUGCUUUCUCUGAUGCAUAUAGAGGAGAUGCUGUCCUAGGAAGGGUAAGCUCUCAGUGAAUUUUAGUAUGUAAUUUGCUACUGUUCUGAGAGAGAAAAAGAGCCCUGGAUUAAUGGAAGGGUAGUUACUGAUACCUUCUUCCUGUGGGAGAAAAGCUUGAUUGUAGGUACCUAAUGAACUGCUUGCAGCUGUUAGGCAGUCAUUUAGAUCUGUGAUGUUCUGUGGUUCUUAAUUAGCUGAAUGGCUUAAUAGCAAUAGUUAAAGGAAAUUACUAAAAAUGAACUAAUUAAGGUAAGCCUGAAUACCAUCUUAAUUAAAUUGGAAACAUAUUUUUUCCUGUUUAUUCUUUAUUUCAUCCAAAGCUCAACCUGUGGCAUUUGAUGAUAGGGUUGUCUUUAGCAUUUCUGUCAUUUAGAAGUUGGCUUCAGUUCAGAGCCAACUCCUCUGAGUCAUCUGUAAUGUGCUUACCUAGGGCUUCCCCUGGUUCCACAAGAACACAACUCUGAUGGUUUCCAUGUGAGUCAAAUGGCUACAAUUCAGAGUUCUUUGUGAAUUUCAGUGGUCUCCCUGUUGAGCAUCUAGGGCGUUGCUCAUCUGGCUUGGUAGGUCUUUAGUCAUCUUUUUUCACCUGUCAUCUCCCAGGUGAAGUGACUUUCAUUCCUAUCCCAUAAACCUUUUCAGGCAGUAGUCUAUCUCUUGCUACACAUGAGAAGCUGUGAAUUAAUCAGGUUUUCCAUACCUGUUCUUCUCCAGAGUUUUUUCAAUUUCAGCUAACCAGAGCCUCUUCAGGUUGUCUGUUAUUGGAACAAUAGCUGACAUAGGCAAAAAAGCACUUGCCAAAUUAUCUCAGGGUGCUACCUUUUUUUCUGUGAAUUGUUCUUGGAUCAUAAUGGUGAAACCACAGGAAUGCACAAUGACAUGGAUCAUUUAAUGGAUAGUUGUGGUUUGAAAUGGAAUUAACCUUACCACUGCCCUUUACCUAAGCAAACUCCUUUCCCUUCUAAAAGCCUGUGUUUCAAGCUUAACCUGCAAGAUAGAAAUGAACAAUCCCUGUUAAAAUGCCAGCUUGGUAGUGCAGCACACCAAAUGGCAACCUUGAAAGUUCUCAACAUAAUCAGCACACUAUUUCAUAUCACACAUCAUGCUGUCCCACUGUCACCCACUUAUCACCCAAAUACAAAUUUAGUUACAUCAAGAACAGGAUACAAAAUGCAUUAAAGUUUUUCUUGUUAUUAAUUUAGAAAAAUUAAAUAACCAAAAAGCUCUUGGGUUUUACCCCCUACACAAUAAUUUUAAGUAUGUUCCACACUUAAGUUGGUUUGACAGUUUAUACAGUGGAAAAAAAUUACAGGGGAUGUGACCAAAAUGGGUGUGGGGAAAAACACUUGAAAGAAAGUACACUUAAACACAUUACUAACAGAAGAUGAUAUUCACAUUUUGUUGUUUUUUUUUUUUAACUUGGACAAAAAAAAAGCUUAUCAACAUUCUUCAAACCAAUUACAAUUUGACAGGCUUUAUCUAACAAACCAAACAUUCAGGCAAAAUCUAAACAGUAUCUUUGCAAACUUUUAAUCCUAUGUUGGUGACUAAACCAGUCACGAGGAAGGGUUCUGAAGUAUAAUUUGGUUCUAGGAAGAAAGGCUGUUCAUGAUUUAGUUAUGUAUUAGGCUGGAAGUCUUCCACAUUCCUGUUAAAGGCACAUAAACCCAUAUUUUCUUGGAAACAGGACUUGCAGAAGAGAUGCUGUGAACUUGAAAUGUACCUUGCUGAGUAAGUAGAAUGUCUUUUCUGUUGGAUUUCUCCAUGAUGUUCACCUUUAUUAAGUUAAGUUAUUAUUUAGAGUUGUUCAUUUCAGAUACUCAAUGAUUGUGCUUUGGAUACUUUGUUAUAUUGCUUUUCUUUCAAGCUGUUGCGAUCAAGUUAGGUAAAAAUGGUAGAUAUCAACAUGAAAAUUCUUCAUGUGCCCAUGAAAGAUGAGCUUAACCUUUUAAAAAGGAAGUUCACCAAGAAUUAAACAGAAACCAUGCAUUGAAAAUAUACAUAGUUUGUGGUCCUUCCUAGGUUGAUGUAGAAAGACCAAGAAGAAAUAAUAUCACAAAAUACAGAAAUGCGGUGUUGAAAUUCAGUUUGAUAGCAAUGCAUUUGUGUUUUGCUCUAGCAGAAGAAAGUUACACAGACAAAUAGCUCAGUGUAAUAAGAGGAUUAAGAGCUCAACUCUAAGGCUGUGGUUAGAGUGUGGCUGUAACUCUGCUAGAUUAGAAGUUUACCGUGCCUAGCUACUCAUUACAACCUUGCCACCAGGAGUUGGAACUGAGGCUUGCAGGCAUGUGUAUUUGAUUCCUAGCCAAGUUCUGUUAAAAUGACCCACAUUGGCAUUACACUACUAAUACCAGGGUUAUUUUGGUUUUAUCACAUGGAUGUUCUUUAGCAAAAGAGGUCAUAUAAUUUUUCUCCCAGAUUUUAAAUAUAAAAAGUAGUUCUACUGGAGAAUGCCAAAUUUGUUAGAGAAAGCCCAGUUUUCUGCCUUAGAACUUGGACAAAUACUUCUGAGCAACAGCUAAAUCAACAGGUUGUUUUAAACCUUAAAAUUGUUCACCUCCAAUGCUUACCUGAAAAGUAUUUACAUCAGAUUUUCUAGCUACAUAAAACCACCCUGGUGUGAUAUGUUAUUUGACUGAGUACAGAAACUUGUCUUAAAGACAAUGUAGGGCAUUCCACUUGCAUUAACACAAGCAGGCUUGUCCUUACUCAUGACUUCUAUAGAUUGUAAGAUGCAUAGCUACCCUUGAAGGCCAUAGUAAGAAAUUAAACAUGCCAGUUUUAUCUCAACAACUUGUAAGAGAAAUAGCCUAGAAACAUACUGAGUACAUGGAUUUUAAUAGAAACUACAGAGUAGUUGCAGGUUAACACCAGGAUCACUGUAGAAUGACCAUUUUCCUCUGAUAUCCUGAUUUUACAGAAGUGCUAUUACUGCCUUUUCAGUGCUAUCUUUGUGGGUAAUUUGGGAUGUUCAAGAACCUGGUUUUGCUUGCAGAGCCUGAAGCUUGAUCACUGUUCUAGUGGCUUGAAUAGUCAUUAAAAAUACCUUUUUUUUACUGGUCUUCAGUGUCCUACAUAAUAUGAGAAUACUAAAAAAAUCAAAAUACUUUAUUUGUAACACUGCAGUAAACAGGAGACAAACUAUAGACCACAGAUUCUAUUUUGCUUACACUUAGUAAUUACACUCAUCUGACACAAGGAUAUUUAAAGACUGAAGGACGGUGGGAGGACUAAUGACCUCAUCUGCACUUUCCAAAUGCCUUGGUUAUCUUUUGUCUUGUAAAUGAUAGGCUUUUCUGUGAUUCACUGUUUGUUAAGCUAUUGCAAAAGAGAUUUGUUGUAAGAAACUGUAUACCCACUGAAAAGACUUACUAAUUCUUUCUUCCUGUUCUUGUUCAGAUGGAAGGUAUUGCACCAAUCUCUUCUUGGUGUCCCACUGUGAACUUACAUGAAUGAACUCAUUUCAAAAGACCUGUAUUUCCUUUGUCUUCUUUUGUGACUACUGCACUUUACUAGUGUCAUCUUAGCUAAGAUAAAUCUGAGAUUCUG